AUGUCUACCGCCGCAUCGACGCGGCGUGGAGACUCGGCCCUGGCCGACAUCCGCGGCAUGGCCUACGAGGACGACGUCUUUGCCCGCAUGGCCAACACCUACAGCAAGAUCUUCCACUCGCUCUCCUCCCUCGCCUCCAUCGCCUUUGGCCUCCUCAUCAUCUACCUCCUCGCCUCGGCCAUGGGCCUCACCGGUGCUCGCGCCUCCCUUUGCUCCGCAUCGCUUCGCAUCGCUUCGCAUCGCUCCGCAUCACCUCGCAUUGCUUCGCCUCGCCUCGCUUCGCAUCGCAUCGCUUCGCUUCGCUCCGCUUCGCUCCGCUUCGCAUCGCAUCGCUUCGCGUCGCAUCGCCUCCCCUAUCUCCGCUUCGCAUCGCUUCGCUUCGCUUCGCUUCGCUUCGCUUCGCUUCGCUUCGCUUCGCCUCGCUUCGCCUCGCAUCGCAUCGCUUCGCUUCGCUUCGCUUCGCUUCGCUUCGCUUCGCUUCGCUUCGCUUCGCUUCGCUUCGCUUCGCUUCGCUUCGCUUCGCUUCGCCUCGCAUCGCAUCGCUUCGCUUCGCUUCGCUUCGCUUCGCUUCGCUUCGCUUCGCAUCGCAUCGCUUCGCGUCGCAUCGCCUCCCCUAUCUCCGCUUCGCAUCGCAUCGCUUCGCAUCGCUUCGCCUCGCAUCGCUCCGCAUUGCUUCGCCUCGCUUCGCCUCGCAUCGCAUCGCUUCGCUUCGCUUCGCUUCGCUCCGCAUCGCUUCGCAUCGCAUCGCAUCGCAUCGCUUCGCUUCGCUCCGCUUCGCUUCGCCUCGCAUCGCUUCGCAUCGCUUCGCUUCGCUUCGCUUCGCUUCGCUCCGCAUUGCUUCGCCUCGCUUCGCAUCGCUUCGCAUCGCAUCGCUUCGCUUCGCUCCGCUUCGCUUCGCCUCGCAUCGCUUCGCAUCGCUUCGCAUCGCUUCGCUUCGCUUCGCUCCGCAUUGCUUCGCCUCGCUUCGCCUCGCAUCGCUUCGCUCCGCAUUGCUUCGCCUCGCUUCGCCUCGCCUCGCUUCGCCUCGCAUCGCUUCGCAUCGCUUCGCUCCGCUUCGCUUCGCUUCGCUCCGCUUCGCUUCGCUCCGCUCCGCUAAACCCACGCACCUGACACUCCA